AAACAUAUUAUAAUACAAGUACAUUAAAAUUUACAAAGUAUUACAUUUAAUUGUAAGGGAAUAAAUCUCAAUUUUAUCAUAAAUUUGAGUGAACAUGUUAGGUAGAGUAGUAUUUGUGCUAUUGCCAUUGUUGAGCGCUACUCAACUGUGUAAAGAUGGAUCGUGUCGGAACGGAGGGGGUGCGAGGAUCAUCGGGGGAGAGAUUACUGAGCAGAAUUCUAGGCCUUUUCAGGUAGCGUUAUAUUUACGAGUGGGCACGACCGGCGAGAUAGGGUUCUGUGGCGGAGCCCUAGUGCACCCUGAGUGGGUGCUGACUGCCGCUCACUGCUGCUUCCACGGCAGUCAGCUUGUCGACAAUGUGCAGGCGAUUCUCGGCGCUCACUCGCUGUACGACCGCUACGAGAACGGGCGGCGCAUUGUGAAUGUGGACGAAGUGGUGAUCCACUCGGGCUUCGACCCUGACUCCUUCGCGCACGACCUGGCGCUGCUGAGACUCGCCAACACUAUGCAGCUUACGGAGACAAUAGAUGUAAUCCGCCUGCCCUAUUUGAGUAUAUCGUCCUUCAACUUUGCUGGGCAAGGGGGUACGGCGUCGGGGUGGGGCAUUGCGGCUGAAGGUGUUACCUUCGUGUCUCCGACUCUUCGCGAAAAGCUGAUGACAGUAAUGACAGACCCCCUCUGUAACUCCUCCUACUUCAACCUCCUCCCUGACACCAUCGUGUGUGGCUUCAGCAUCACUAGUGGUACUUGCAAGGGUGACAAUGGCGGACCAUUCACAAUUUUAUUCAAUUCUACAGAAGAAACUUUAUUGAUUGGAAUAGCAUCGUUCGUGAGUUCAGACGGCUGCAACGACGACCUGCCAUCGGUGUUUACCAGGGUGCAGCGGUACAUGACCUGGAUCAGUGACGUCACAGGAAUCGUGCUGGACAUUAAAUUUGACAAAAUGCGUGUCGUUUUUCUGCUGGGGUUGUUGGGUAUAACCGCCGUUGUGAGCGGCAACCCCCUGGCCGAGCCUGGUGUGGGGGUGACUCUAGGAUACCAUGAUAACGUGGGGAUUCCUCUGGCGGCCCGGAUCAAGGAGCAGGAAGACAAAAUAUUCCUCAAUAACGUCCGUAGUCUGGACGCUCUGGACGAAAGGAUUGUUGGGGGUGCCAUCGCUCCUACAAAUGCAUAUCCGUUCUUGGCUGGUCUGAUCAUCAGUUUCGUGAACGUAGCCGGUCAGUCCGCGUGCGGUUCCUCCGUACUGUCCGCCAGCCGGCUGGUGACGGCCGCGCACUGCUGGUUCGACGGCACCCGGCAAGCCAGCCACUACACCGUGGUGUUCGGUUCCCAGUUCCUGUUCUACGGCGGCACGCGGGUCGUCACUUCCACUGUCGUCAUGCACCCGCAGUGGACGCCUUCCACCCUGCACAAUGAUAUCGCUAUCAUCUACCUCCCGACGCCUGUACAAUUCACUGUGAGCAUCCAACCUAUUUCCUUGCCAACAUGGGACAUGUUGAACGACCAAUUCGCGGGUCAAUGGGCCAUCGCCGCGGGUUACGGACUAACUAGUGACCAGGAGAGCAGCAUCUCGCUGGACGCCAGCAUCAGACACGUGAGCCUGCAGGUGAUCACCGUGGCGCAGUGCCAGCGGGUGUACGGGUUAUACGCCCAGGCCAGCACCAUCUGCACCAACGGCGCUGGCGGCGUGGGCAUCUGCAGCGGCGACUCCGGCGGCCCGCUACUGGUCAACAGGAACGGGAUCAACUACUUGGUCGGUGUGAGCUCGUUCGCGGCCAGCAAAGCUUGCCAGCAGGGACACCCCUCCGGCUUCGCCAGGGUCACCAGCUUCUACAACUUCAUCAUGCAGCACAUGUGAACACACUUGGAAAAUGCUAAACUAAAAGCCAUGAC